AUGUCUCCAUCGCGCUGGUUGGACGUUGGCUUUGCCGUCAUUGUGACAACUGACGGGUCGGCGCAAACCAACAAUCCUGUCAUUCAAGUACCAACUGUAUGUGCCAAUAACGAGCCAUCAAACAGCGUCCAACGGCCCAAUUUCAUCCCAUUCCCCCAGUCUCUCAUUGGCCAUCUGCAAGGCGCGAGAUUGAACCACUCACACACACACACACACACCAAUGACAUUCGGAAGGCAAACCUCCUCUACGGAUACAAAGUACACACCACCUUGUCCGUACCGGCAUUUUGGGACACGAGCUCGGGUUUGGUGGGCUACAUUGUCAUUGCUGCAGCUUUCCCCCUUCCCCGGGUUAUCAAAUAUGGGUAUCUCUACGACGUCCCGGAUAUGCCUCCCGGGCCAAACGGAUCACUACGGUGCUACCCGUACGGCGCGCACAAAAUAGCCGUUUACCAGCUGCCGAGUCAUCGACAAAUUCUCGUCCGCUUGCUUGUCCCUUCGACGCUUCUCGGCCGUAGCCGAAGAAUGGCUGUGUUUGCGCUGUGCUGCGUUGCCGCGCAUCCAGAUCCGCCGUGGGAAACAAGACGAGAUAGCGACGACGGCGGCCCCUCAUACCCAAUUCCGGACAUCAUGGGCCACGCCUCAGCUCACCGAGCCCUCAUCAUCACGCGGCAGACACACCACCACCCGACUGAGUACACGCCACAUCGAAGGAGAAAAGAGCCUCAUCCAGUGUGCCAGUUUCCCGGCUCGGUUCGGUUUGGACAUCCCACGCGUGCAACAUCCCACGUCUGGCUUUGGUCUACGCCUUGCGAAACGGGGGGAAAGGGGGAGGGGGCCGAGGAGGCGCAGAUGGGCGGGGGGCGCAUAUCGAUGCAUGCCCUUCGGGAAAUGCGACGUCUCGACCGAGUAGUCGGGUCCCCUUACCGAAACCCCCACCCCGCCGCCCCCUUUGCCUUCGUCACCGAGAGGAUAUUCCGACAAGCAGAGAUCAUCCUUCCAACGUUUCAUCCCGAAUUUCUCUCCAACAACCGGUUCUGCACCGCCCAGGCCUCAAGGCUGUCCGGGACAUCAACUCCCUCACCGGUGCGAUAUACUCCCUUCCCCGUGCCCGGCUUCCCUGCGCGUCGUCCCCAACCUCUGGAAAAAUUUCUUCCCCAUGCCUUCUAUCCUUACAAGGGCUUGUCCUUCGAGAAGUUCCUUUUGAUGGGGACGCAAGGCGUGAUGAUGAGGGUCCAAUUCGCCUGGGACUCCUUGGGGGGGAUGGGGCUCCGGGAGAAGCAGAAAAUCUCACGGGGAGCCAAGACGAGUGGCAAGGUUCUGCAUAUCUCAAACUGCCAAAUUUCCCGGGGCCGCGGUUUGGGACCUUUUUCCUGGUUUGCUCACUUCUUCCCAGGUUCAAGGAAGCCGAUCAGAGAGGCUCCGCCGACAAAAGGUCCCCGCAACAAACGGACAGCCGUUGCCAAAAAUCGCCAUUUCUCUCGCCUCUCUUCUCUCUCCCCACCAAGCCAUGCGGACACUGUAGCCGGGGCAUGGCCCCCGGAUCCCCGGAGGCAUUAUUUGAAAGGCCCCAAGGGCUGCCGACAGGGGAGGAAAAUGGAAAAAGCAAAGAAGGAGGAAGAAGGUCCCUCUUUUUCCUUCUUCACUCAACACACACCCUCAAACCGUCAUCGGAUCCCUGACCAAGUCUUCAUCCAGUGGGAAACAUUGCCGUCAGUGUGCUCCGUCUCCACCAGUAUCCAUCUUGCAUGGAUCACGCAUGGAUACCCAUGGAGGGAAUGGCACGGUGACUUGGACGAACCCAACGGAGCCACUUCCCUCCCUCCCCCCGGGCAGCUGAGGAUAACUGAAGCAGGCGGAUCUCGUUUCCUGCCUUUCUUAAUUUUACCACGUUAUUUCGAAUUUCAGAUUUUCCUUCUAGCGCGUCCCUCUUUUUCCUUCUUCACCUUCUCUCUCUCGCUCUCGUGGGGCCGACACAUCUACCCAUCACCCCUGAGUUUCUUGACCGAAACUACCCAUGCGCAGCAGUUACGACACGAGCAAAGCCAGGCCUGGAUCAGCAUCCCAAAACCGUUGGGUCUUCUCUUGUUCCUUGGCUCUAGUGUGUAUCCGUACGCUACUCAUAGGCAAUCCGGAGUACGCUACCCGGACGGGGCUCUCGCCCCCAUCGCCGAGGAGUUAAAUGCUACAAAAAUGCAAAGGGCUGGGACGGAUCCAACUCAAGCCGCCGACGGCUCGUCCUUCCCCUUCUUUCCCCGGCCGAGAGUCCAGAAUACCACAGUACCGACCGUAGUGUACGGAUACUCUGUACUCUCUCUACAGAUACAGGGAAACACAAUUCAUCCUGGGAUGUUGACUCACCGGGUCACCGGGGAACAUGGGCGUUUGGAUUCUUGGGAAAUUGGGCCUUUCGGUCUGCCAACUGCCGGUGGCAUGCAACCGAUCCUCCCAGCCCGUCAAGGGACCCGGUCUAGCCUCUGCCGUAGGUUGGCUGUUUCGCUGGAACCGGGGCCCAUAUCGAUUCAGAACAUCAUAUCUCCCAAGGGAGAUUGUUGUCUCGGUGAGGGUCUCACCGGGGUCAAGGUAACCUUUGCGGUCUCUCGUGCCAAAACGCGCCGAGUGGUUGGGACGCUCAUCCCUGCAGCAUUCCUUUCCCACAAAGAGCCUCAAGCCCUCAAGGACCUGCACUGCGGUGUUACCGACAGUCAGGGACUCAGGGCUCGUCUCGACUCGCCCGUACCGGUCACCCGUGCUUCUUCUUCUCUCCCUCCCGCCUCUCCCCGGCGGCGAGGCUUGCUAGACUCCCCCUCCCUUCUCCCGAGACCCGCGGCCCUCUCCAUACCGGUCUGUACUGUAAUACCUUUAUCUGUACUGCGUACUCCGUAUGUACGGAGUACGAGUAACUCUACGGAUACACCUGCGAUCCCAGCUUUGACCCUGCUUUCCGGGAAUGUGACAGCUCACACGCCCACCCUCAAGGAGGACCUUCAGAAUUCAGGGUACACAUCGCUGCUCUCAGGUCAUCAGCUAAACCAUCCCGCUGGUACACGAUGGGAGAGGGGCCCGGCAUCCUAG